AUGUCUCAAUCAUACAUAAAGAGAGUUACCAUGUUCCAGGUAGCGAAAGAGGAAGAUAUCGAUGCCGUGGUUGCCCAGUAUGAUAUACUGCGAUCCACGGCUGAAAAGAAUGGUGCACCUUACAUUGUUGCAAACGAGGCAGCUCGAGUUAUCAACAGCUCGGAAGAACGAAGCCAAGGCUUCACAGUCAUCGCAAUUACUACUUUUAAGUCGAAGGAGGAUGUCGAAUACUAUGAUAAGGGGUGUGCAGCGCACAAAAAGCUCCGGGAAUUUGUUGCAACACGUCGCAAUGGGUUUGCAACACUUCAUUUUGAAAGCUCGCUUGCUCCAAAAUGA